GCUAUUGCGCCUGCGCCAGAAGUGCAGCUCGUUCCCGGAAGUGGAGGGUCUACACAGAACGCCGCUGGGUCUGGGCGCCCAGAGGCUGCAGCACUCACGGAGCUCGCCCCCCCAAGCCCCGACCACCAUGUCGGCUUUUGACUCCAACCCCUUCGCGGACCCAGUGGACGUAAACCCUUUCCAGGACCCCUCUGUGACCCAGCUGACCAACCCCUCGCAGAGUGGCCUGUCCGAGUUCAACCCCUUCUCGGAGACAAAUGCAGCUACAACAGUGCCCGCCACUCAGCCGACUGGGCCCUCGCAGCCAGCCGUUCUCCAGCCCUCUAUGGAGCCCACGCAGCCAAGCCCCCAGCUCCUGCUUAGGCAGGCCAGCAAGUUCCUGUCGGCCCGGCUCCUGGCAGCGGCCACACUCGCAGAGAGGCAGAUGCUGCUGGGAGGAGAUAGUGUUCUCAGAGACAGCUGCUUGCGAACGCUCCCCCAGGCUGUGGCAGCUGCAGCCCAAGCCGGCCUGCUCCGGCAACAGGAGGAGCUGGACAGGAAAGCUGCAGAGCUAGAACGCAAGGAGCGGGAGCUGCAGAGCACGGCAGCCAGCUUGAACGUGAGAGAGAACAAUUGGCCACCCCUGCCCACAUGGUGCCCAGUCAAGCCCUGCUUCUAUCAGGAUUUCUCCACUGAGAUCCCUGCUGACUACCAGCGCAUCUGCAAGAUGCUCUACUAUCUCUGGAUGUUGCACUCAGUGACACUGUUUCUGAACCUGCUCGCGUGCCUGGCCUGGUUCACGGGUGACAGCUCCAGGGGAGUAGACUUUGGGCUCUCAAUCCUGUGGUUUGUGAUCUUCACGCCCUGUGCCUUCCUCUGCUGGUACCGACCCAUCUACAAGGCCUUCCGGUCGGACAACUCUUUCAGCUUCUUCGUGUUCUUCUUUAUAUUUUUCUGUCAAAUAGGGGUCUACUUCAUCCAGCUGAUCGGCUUGCCCAACCUGGGGACCAGUGGUUGGAUCGCAGCUCUGUCUACAUUCAAGCAGCACGAGUCCUUGGCCGUACCGAUCAUCAUGAUGGUGGUGGCUGGCUUCUUCUCCCUCUGCGCUGGGCUCUCACUGUUCCUCCUGCAGCGGGUGCAUUCUUUCUACCGCCGCACGGGAGCCAGCUUCCAACAGGCCCAGGAGGAGUUUUCCCAGGGCAUCUUCAGCAGCAGGACCUUCCGCAGCGCUGCCUCCUCUGCUGCCCAGGGAGCCUUCCAGGGGAAUUAGCCCACUCCGGCCUCUGUACAGCCUCUUCUGCGCCUGCCUUGAGCUGCACUUUCCGCGGUGCCUUAUGCAGUGGGGAUGCCCGGCAUCCACCUGGUGGAGUCCUGUUGUGGCUCUUCCUCCUUGCUCAGCAACCAACUGUCCCUUCCACAGAGGGAAGGGGGAGGGAGGGACAGGGACUUUUUUGUACACAGGAAAAAAGAAAAAAUAACAAAACUGUCUGUCCUCGUCUGGUGGUGGUUUGGUAGGUGGUUUGUCUCUGGAAGCAGUGGGCCUGAAUGUGUCUUCCCCAUACACACACAUGCGCACAGGCAUGUUCCCCCAAUCCACUCACACGCAUGGGAACGUGGGCCAGCCUAGGCCGGGUGCAGCUGGAGUUUCCUGCCCAUGUCCCAGGGCCUGCUGAGCCUGUGGUCUUCAUAGUCCCACUGUACACAAGAGAAAAGAAAAAAGGGCUUCCAGCUCACCAAGGGCUUCCCUUUGGUGAGCUGCAGUUGGGAUGGGAGGGUGGGCAGCUUUGAUUCCAAAUCACCCUAGGGUGGUCUCUGAGCUUCUCUGGCAUGGCCACGCAGACUGGUUUUCCUCAUAAGUAGAUUCACAGUCCUUGAAGCCCUGUACACCCCCCUGGUGUGGCUUUUUUGGGCCCUUGCUGGGUCUUUCUGAAUGUCCAGUGGCUGGGGUUAGGGAUGGGGAGGGAUAGAGGACACUGAUCCCAGUUGUCCUGCCCAGUGGCUAGGAGGAUGGUUGGGCUGUCCCCGUGUGGUUUGCUUGGCCUGUUUGUUUUGACUUCCUUUCCUGAGGGACCGCUACUCUUUGCCUUAGCCGUACUCCUGCCCCUUCCCCCUUGCUGCUUCAGCAGUGUCCAGCUUAGGACACUUGGGGUGCAGGAGAAGCAUCCUUCCAAGGGUUCCAGACUCGCCUCUGGGUCCUCCCUCACCUGGAGCAGAGUCUAAGAGCUUCCACCUGCCCUGGGAAGGAUGCCUGGGAGACCCCCCUCCCAAACUGCUGGGUGUGGGUGGGAGGCAGUCUGCCACAGCCCACUCGGGGCUGGUGCCACUGAGUGACAAUGACAGCCACCUGGGGUUUGUAAAUUCCUCUCUGGUAUUUUUUCCCUUCAUGUACAAAUGUAUAUGUUAUGACUCCAUUUUUGUGCUUAAAUAAAAAUGACAUUUUCAGCGGUG